AUGAACAGAUUCAGGCAUCGCUUGGGCAGGGUCAACGCGCCAACCCUGGCGGGAAUUACUCGUAGGCUCAUUUUCACGGAAAUAAAAAAAAUUGACGACUAUCUGCAGAAAGUCAAAUCGGGAAAACUGGUGGUCGCGCAAUUCGGAGCGUCCUGGUGUGCACCCUGCAAGAAGAUGAAGCCAAUAGUGAAGAAACUGGGGGAAGACAACGAAGAAGUCGAAUCGCUUUAUGUGGACAUUGAUGAGCUCCCAGAACUCGGAGAAAGCGAAGACAUAAACGAACUGCCAACCGUUCUGCUGCGAAAAAAUGGAAAGUAUCUCGACAAAAUUAUUGGCAUGAAUGAAGAGCAGCUACUAAAAGCAGUGAACGCGCACAAGGCUUCCAAGGAGGGCGACACCUGA